UCCUCUCUGGCAGUUGCCAUGACAUGGAGAAACGAUCCCGGCGCAUUCCCCGUUGUCACCCCUGCGGUUCCCAGGCAACAGCUACACAAAUCCAGGAAAACAUCCGGAAAGACCCUCGGUCGUCCUUCAGGUCGCCAGAACUUGGAAUAUUUACAAGGACUUGUUUACUCAUCGGUAUUCCUGGACAAUAUAUUUGCAAUAAAACAAACAUGACGACUUCUUCCCUUGGUGCGUUAGAUCCCGGCGACCCUCGUCUAAAACUGAGGGUGGAAAACAGAAUACAAAAUGUUUUUGUAACACAAUCGGAGGACAACAGGAACCAAAAGGAGGAACAUAUUAACCACAUACCUGUUGUGACAGAGACUUCAGGCAGAGUCCUCGAGGCAGGGGUGAACACUUUACAAAAGACCCUGGUUCUGAAGAAACAGGCUGAGUUGGACGUGGUGGAUCAGCAACUUGCAGUAAAACGAGCAUUGUUUAAGAGCCGUGUGGAGGGUCUAGCUCAGAGAAGGUCUGAACUGGAAUUAAAACUACAGCAGACUCAAGAGAGGGCUAUCAAGUUUGAAAAGUUUGUGGCUGAAAAUGAAGCGAAGCAACGCCGAGCACUGAAGAAGUAUGAGGCCGCACGGGAGCUGAACAUUUCCAAACAGAGAGAGAUAGAAGCUCACACAGAACAGUUCAAACAUCUUAAAGCCAGACAUCAAGUUUUAAAGGAGAGAAUGGCAAAACACAAAAUCUUUGAGGACUACUUGAUGAAAACGCUAGAUUUUCUCCCCAGUACUUACCUCGAUAAUGGGUCUGAAUCUUUGGUGAUGCCCAUCAUUCGGCGCCAUGAGACCCUGUCCAUCACCCACCGGGACCUACUACAGCGUUGGGGACAUCUGGAGGAGGAGGUGGAGCAGGGCCAGCGACAACUGCAGAUCAUGAAGCAGGAGCACAGUAUUAAAAGAUUGAUGGCCAAUAAGGAACUUUCUGAGCUCCAGAGUGAGUUAGAAACCCUCAAAGAGAAGAACGAGCAGGCAGAGGUUAACCUGCUGAUGGAGCAAGGCCUGUCCAGAGAGAAGGUUAAGGAAGUAGGCUGCUUGCUUAUGGCCAUCAACAACCUGGCCGACCUGUGUUAUAUAGCAACAUAUGGACCUCUGGAAAACAUGAACAUACUGACAAAGAUGGACAUGGUGAAGGAUUACAUCCAGGACAAGGCAGACACAGAGAGGAGAGCGAGGAGACUGAUGGAGUCGGGGACUGCCAUCACAAGUAGAACCGCUCUGACAGACAAAAGAGAGAAGGGAUCAAUCAAAAGUAUGGGCAGUAAAACACAAAUAAAAAAUUCAAGUAAAGUCAGUAGAAAGAGUGAGACAAUGAGUUGAUGUAUAAUGUUUACAAUUUACCAUGGUGUCUGUCACUGCUUGGAGUGUAACAACCAAUGACCAGGAUGAAGAAUGUAAGGGCUGCAUUAAAGUUUGACAAAUAAACAAAUCUAAGUCAAUGGACUCUUAUGGCAGCAUUUUCAGUACAAAUAAACAACGGUAAUGUUUGUGAUGCACUCGACUUUGCACUUCAAAUGUAAACAUAUUUUUGAAAAUGAGGUGAUCGAGUUUAUUCAUCAGAACUUUGUAAAUGUGUAUCUAUGGAACAUUGCGAUAGUUGCAUUUUGAAAACAAAUGUUUACAAUCAAAUGAAGCUGUCAGACCAGAAAUCAACACCCAUCAUAAUGGCAUAUACAUUGGUAUGUAUGAGAUUUCUAACAUAGAUUAUACAAACAACAAUGAGAAAAAAAGUAUUUUCAAUGAUGUAUCAUAAAUAUUUUUGUGAUAUUCUGCGUUUUAUAUAUUAGUACAUUAAUUAGAUUAAAUAUAGUACAGCAGAGAGUGACUUUUUGUUUUGUAAAUCCCAAAUACAACACCGCAUGAUGCAUCCAUUUUUCAUAAUCUUUAAACAAAGUUUGUGUUUGAAUUAGCUUGUAUGUUCACAACUAACUCUUGAUUGUGGCCUCCUCCAUGUUGUCAAACACUGCUACACAGGUUUUCUUACCACCUUCUGGUGCAGAAGUCAAUUAUGUUGCAAUGCUCCUCUGGGCAGUGCAGUUAAAUAGGAAAACAUGUUCAGACACAUGCAGCUUUUUUCAGGCGUUUAUGUUGUCAGUGCUUCUCUUUUCCUGGACUACAUGGUAAACUGGGUUGUCGGGCUAUUAGUGCAUGUAUUUAUUUUUAAAUACUUGUAAUUAAUGUAAGUUUUUUGUUUGUAUGAUACUUCCCACUUUUACGUUCCUACAUUUCAGGAGAAAAUAUUAAAGUAAGUAAAUAAUGUAAGAGCCUCAGUUUCAUGUCAUUUUGAGUUCCAAAACAUAACAAAUAUGAUGCAUUAGCCCAAAGUAGUGUAAAUCAACCACAGCUUGCCCCACAAAAAAACCUA